CUGCAGUUUCUAUCUUUCACUAUGCAUUAAAGUUCCCGACGACCCGGGGAGAAGGGACCCACUUCGGAGAUCAAAGAGAAGCUCGACAACUUGUCACGUUUAUCCCAUCCAAUGGAGUUCAUUCAACUUCGAUGGGUAAUAAUGAAGCCUCCCCCCAGCAGCACUCUUCAGACGAAGUGGUAAUCGAAGAACCAAUAAAUCACGACGGCGAUCCUUCCACCUCGGAUCCUUUAACCGAAGACCGAGGUCGCCGACCCGGAAAAGAACCACUUCUUGAAGAAGACGAGUUGGACCCCAGAGCAUUGUUUAAAGAAAAAAGUAGAGUUGAUCGAGCCGAACCUGGAGAAGACGUGGAAUUGGUCUAUAUUGAUGAACCGGUCUUCCACAAGUCGUUGCGCGUCGGAAGUCAUCUCCAGGAACCACUUCGGUCAGAACUUAUCUCGUUCCUCAAACAGAAUUCUGAUGUUUUUGCCUGGAAGCACGAGGAUAUGAAGGGCAUCGACCCCGGUGUCGCUAGCCACAAACUGAACCUCGAUCGAACAGUCCGGCCUGUUGUGCAAAAGAGAAGGAAAUUGGGGCCGGAUCGUCAGAAGGCAUUGGAAGAAGAAGUCGAAAAACUCAUCGACAAUAAGUUCAUCAAGGAAGCCAAAUACCCGACGUGGGUCUCAAAUCCAGUUCUUGUCAAAAAGAGUAACGGGUUGUGGAGAUUGUGUAUUGAUUUUUCCGAUCUCAACAAGGCGUGCCCAAAAGAAAGCUAUCCACUUCCCCAUAUAGAUUAUAUGGUUGAUGCCACGUCGGGACAUGAGUUGAUGAGUUUCAUGGACGCUUACUCCGGCUACAAUCAGAUUCCUAUGGAUCCCGAGGACUCUGAACACACUUCAUUCUAUUCGGCCCGAGGUCUGUAUUGUUAUACUAUGAUGCCGUUCGGAUUAAAGAACGCCGGAGCUACAUAUCAACGUCUUGUCAACAAAAUGUUCGCUACACUGAUCGGUCACACUAUGGAAGUUUACGUUGACGACAUGCUCGUCAAGUCGGUACACGCCUCUGAUCAUAUAACGCAUCUUCAAGACAUGUUCACCAUCCUCCGAUCUUAUUCCAUGGUGCUGAAUCCGAAGAAAUGCACUUUUGGAGUUGAAUCCGGAAAGUUUCUGGGCUAUAUGGUUAGCCAGCGCGGGAUUGAAGCCAAUCCGGCCAAAAUAAAGGCCAUUCAGGAUCUAACUCCCCCAACCUCGGUCAAGGGUGUUCAGGCCCUAACUGGCCGACUUGCUGCACUCAACCGGUUCAUCUCCAAGUCUACAGAUCGUUGUAAGCCGUUUUUCGAAGCAAUCAAGAAAGGGAAACGUUUUGAGUGGACCGAAGAAUGCCAAAAAGCUCUUGAAAGUAUUAAGGAGACGUUAGUCUCUCCCCCAACCUUGCAAAAGCCGAAACCCGAGGAAAUGUUGUUCUUAUACCUCGGAGUCAGUGAAUCUGCCAUUAGCGCUGUUUUGAUACGCGAAGAGGGAUUGAUGCAAUCACCCAUCUAUUAUGUCAGCAAAGCCUUGCACGACGCCGAACUACGUUAUCCCCCGAUGGAAAAGUUAACGUUUGCGCUUGUGAUGGCAGCCCGGAAAUUACGGCCAUACUUCCAAGAGCAUUCUGUAACUGUCCGCACUUCGUAUCCACUUCGGCAAAUCUUGCACCGACCUGACACCUCGGGACGCAUGGUUAAAUGGGAUAUUGAGCUCGGACAAUUCGACAUCCAUUAUCAACCGAGGACCGCAAUCAAGGCUCAAGCCUUAUCUGACUUUAUCGCUGAGUUUACCCCGGCCAUCACAGUUCAUCAUAAUAAUCAACCAUGGGUCCUCUAUAUUGAUGGCUCCUCAACAGCUAACCGAGCAGGUGCAGGGAUUGUCUUAGCCGAUCCAGAAAAUCGGCUAUUCU